AUGCAGAAGGAACAUGGAUUUUUUAUUGUUGCCCUCAUGGAACCAUUCCAAAAGAAGAAGUUUAUUCAGAAGUAUAGAAGAAGACUAGGUAUGGAAGCUGCAAUUUCUAAUGUGAAUGGAAAGAUUUGGUUGUUUUUUGAUGCUGUGGUUGAAUGGGAUCUAUUGAUUGACACUGAGCAACAAAUGACAAUCAGAGUGUACCAUCAGGAGCUUGUUGGGGGAGAUUUCAAUGUUGUUCUUGGAGAGGAAGAGAAGAUAGGUGGUCUACCAGUGUAUCCUCCGGAGUAUGAAGACUUUGCAUUCUGUGUUAAUUCAUGUGGCAUGUUUGAUCUUGGCUAUAAGGGUAGUCCUUUUACUUGGUGGAAUGGUAGGCCAAAUGAGGAGUGCAUCUUUAAGAGAUUGGAUGGAAUUCUUGUGAACAUGCCUUUUCAAACACUGUUUCCAACAAUUGAAGUGGAGCACCUUAUUAGAACAGGAUCUGAUCAUAAACCACUAUUGAUGAGCUGUGGAGAGGAAGCUAUGAAGUUUGUGAAGCCAUUCAAGUUCUUGAACUUUUGGACAAAACAUGAAUCAUUUCUAGAGGUGGUGAAGCAGAAUUGGAUUGCUGACUUUAUAGGGGAUCCAUUCUUGAUGUUCAAGCAGAAAUUGAAGAGGGUUAAAAUUGCUCUUUCAAAAUGGAGCAAGCUAACCUAUGGUGAUAUUUUCAAGCAGCUAGCUAUCAGGGAGGAUAUGGUGAGGAUUAAGGAGAUGAUGUUUGAGGAAGAUCCAUCUACUAAGAAUAGAAUUGUACUUCAACAAGCUCAAGCUGAGUUGAAGAAGUACUUGAGCAUAGAGGAACAAUACUGGAAGCAAAAGGCAGGUAUGACUUGGUUUGAAGAAGGUGAUAGAAACACAAGGUUCUUCCAUAAUUGUGUUAAUGGAAAGAGACAAAAACUACAAUUGAAAGGAAUCCAGAAUAGUGAUGGAGCAUGGAUUGAAUCUCAAGAGAAACUCUCUGAUGCUGCAGUGGAGUUUUUUCAGAAACAAUUCACUAAGGAAGGAGAUCCUAAUAAUUUUGAUUUGCUGAAUAAUGUACCAUCAAUGGUGUCAAGGGAGCAGAACUUGGAAUUAUGCAGAUUGCCAACUAUGGAGGAGGUGAAGGCUGCUGUCUUUGCAUUAUGUAGUGAAAGUGCAAGUGGUCCAGAUGGUUUCUCAGCAAAUCAAUCUGGAUUUGUCAAAGGAAGGAGUAUAUUUGAGAACAUUUUGUUGACUCAGGAGAUUGUCACUGAUAUAAGAUUGAGAGGUAAACCUGUCAAUGUUGUGAUUAAGUUAGAUAUGGCAAAGGCAUACGAUAGGGUGUCUUGGAAAUAUUUGAUGCAUGUGUUGAGGAAAAUAGGGUUUGCAGAAUGCUUUAUCAACAUGGUUUGGAACCUUAUCUCUAACAAUUGGUAUUCAGUUAUGGUUAAUGGACAGGCUUCUGGAUUUUUUCACUCAACUAGGGGUGUGAAGCAAGGAGAUCCUCUUUCACCAGCUUUAUUUAUUCUCUCAGCAGAAGUAUUGUCAAGAUCACUAAAUAGGUUGUUUGAAGACAGGCAGUUUAGGGGUUUUGGAAUGCCAAAGUGGUCUGAUCCUUUGAAUCAUUUAGCAUAUGCAGAUGAUACCAUCAAUUUGCAUCUGCUGAUCCUUAUUCUCUUCAGAAGAUAG